AUGCUGAGCCGCUCCCGGCGCCUCCUGCUGCCGGGCGAGGGCGAGGCGGCGGCGGCGGCGGCGGUGACGCUCCGAGCCGUCCGCAGCCGCAGCCCCGACGCCCAGGAGCGGCGCCCGCCGGACGCGCAGCCGGCCCCGUUGAUCUCGUGGGAGGAGGCGGAGGAGGGCGCCGUCUACACCGUCAGCGCGCGGGCUCCGGAGGGGCGCCGAGGCGGCGCCGGGAACGGGGUCGAGGGGGCGUCCGGCGUAGCGGAGUUCCCCGCCGCCCCCGCGCAGUCCCGGGCGCUGAAAGCCGGCUCGCUGCCCCGCCUGGUGCGGCACCUGCUGGAGGCUCCGGCCGUCGGGGACGCGGGCUACCGGCCGGCCUUCCUGGCCACCUACCGCAGCUUCGCCCAGCCCGCCGCGGUCCUGGAGCUCCUGCUGGAGAGAGCCCUGGCCGCGCUGCUCUGCUCCUGGCUGGACGGCUACCCCCAGGACUUUGUGGGGCUGGAGCCCCACCUGCGGGAACAGCUGGUCAGCUGGCUGCACUGGGCCUGGGGGAGCAGCCCGGGGCCCGAGAAGAGCCUGCCGGACCCCCCGAGCAGGAGAGAGCCCCCCGCCGCCCCGCACGGACCCGCCCAAGAUGGGGACCCCGACCCCCACUACGUCUUGGGACUGCAGGCGGAAGACGUGGCUGCACACCUCACUGCGCAGGACGCGGAUCUCUUCCUGCGCCUGGUGCCCCACGAGUGCCUGGGCUCGGCCUGGUCUCAGCGGGAUAAGAAGGGCCACCAGGGGGCCUGCCCCACCGUCCGGGCCACCGUGGCCCAGUUUAACCUCGUGGCCAACGCCGUGAUCUUCUCCUGCCUGUGGGACACGGGGCUGCGGGCCGCCCAGCGAGCACGGCUGCUGGAGAAGUGGAUCUGCGUGGCCGAGGAGUGUCUCCUCCUGCGCAACUUCUCCUCGCUCUACGCCGUGGUCUCCGCCCUCCAGUCCACGUCUCUGCACCGGCUGAAGCGGACCUGGGAGGAGACCUCCAGGGACUCCUCCCGUUGCUACGAGGAGCUCAGCGCCAUUUGCUCGGAGCAGGAUAACUACAGCCAAAGCCGCCAGCUUCUCUUCCAGGAAGGCGGCCCUGGAGCAGCGGUGGGAGGGGCCGAGCUGCCCCAUCGGAAGCAUCAGCGGAGGCUGCAGGAGCAGCGCCCAUUGGGCGUGAUCCCCUACCUGGGCACCUUUCUGAAGGACCUGGUGAUGCUGGAUGCAGCCACCCCCACCCGGCUGCAGAACAGCGGCUACAUCAACUUUGAGAAGCACCGCAAGGAGUUCGAGAUCCUCACCCGCCUGCGCCUCCUGCAGGCCAAAUGCCGCAACUACGCCCUGGCUCCCGACUGGACCCUCCAGGGAUGGCUGGGGUGCCUGCCCCCCCUCAGCGAGGCCCAGAGUUACCGGCUCUCCUGCGCCAUCGAGGCCCCCACCGAGGGAGGGGCCCCCGCCAAGCCCAGCAAGCCCACCUUGGUGAUCACACGCUGCACAGACUUGAUCACCUCGCUGGGAGUGAGCGCCCCCCUGCCCUGGGACAGAGCGGGGUCCCCCCACGUCUCGCCCAGCCUGCUGGACCCAUCGGCCGCCUCCCCCACUGCCCUGGCGGCCCCCCAACCCAUCCAGGGCAAGUGGUCCUCCGUCUCGGCCCUGGACACCUCGUCCCCCUCCUCGCCCGGGGACAGUCUGGCCCCCCUCCCUGCCACAGGGGGCACCUUCCUCAAGGGCCACCGGCGCUCGGCCUCCUGCGGAUCCGUCUACCCCAAGACCCCCGACACGGGGGGCGCCUGCCCCUCCGACUGCUGCAUUAUCCGGGUCAGCAUGGCGCUGCAGAACGGCACCCUCUACAAGAGCAUCCUGGUGACCAGCCAGGAUAAGGCACCCACCGUGGUGGCAAAGGUGCUGGAGAAACACAACCAGGACCAGGAUCUGGCACAGGACUACGAGCUGGUGCAGCUGUUGCCAGACGGCCGAGAGCUGGUCUUCCCCCCCAUGGCCAACGUCUUCUAUGCCAGGAACGGCUUCAGCGUGGACUUCCUGCUCCGGCCCAAGGGGGCGCCCAGGAAGACGCCCCCUCCGACCCCCCCGCCCAGGAGCCCCCGGGCCAGAGAGAUGGACAUCUGCGCCACCUUCCCCAAGAUCAAAGCCACCGGCCGCAGGAUCGCCCGAGCCCUUUUCUGA